CCGGCCUGCCUGAGGUCGUAACCAGUAGCCAGUAGCCGUCCAACUAGUCAGUGAGUGCGUCCCGCAGCCGCCAGCCGCCGCCGUCAUGCUCGUCCGCUCCAAAGCCGUCCUCGCCGCCUGCUUGCUCGUCGCGCUGCUGCCGAGCGGCAAUUUUUUAAAUCCCAAAGAUGACAUAUACAUUGAUGAUGAUACACUGGAAGGUUCUGGAGGAGGAAAUGAUGAGGUCAAAGAUGAUCUGGAAUCAAGUGGGUCUGGAAUGGGAGAUGAUGAUGAAGAUACCACCGAGGGAUCAGGUGGUAGACCUCCUAUUGUAGGUACUCCACAGAUACCUCUAGUACCUUCAAAACCAGUUGAAGAAAACAUAGCCACCGUGACAAAAGUGAAACCUGUCGACACUCCGCCACAGAGUCCUGUAGAGGUCACUGGAGUUGGAAACGAGCCUCCUGAAAGCCCAGAAGAAGACAAGGAAGUACGAACUGAAAUUGAUGUGCACAAAGAUCCGACGGUAGUCAUGAACCCUAAGCAGGAAGACAGAGCAACAUCCUUCUUUGCCCAACCGGGUAUUUUAGCAGCGGUGAUUGGUGGUGCUGUUGUUGGUUUGCUGUGUGCUAUACUUGUUGUGAUGUUCAUCGUGUACAGAAUGCGGAAGAAGGAUGAAGGUUCGUACGCUUUAGAUGAGCCGAAGCGUUCACCAACUGUCAAUUCGUACACAAAAAAUUCCAACAGAGAAUUUUAUGCUUGAAGUGAAUUUUAAAUGACCGUACUGGAAAGGCAUUGUUCCAUAAAAUUGAUGGAAUUGGUCUAAUUCCAUGAACCCAAAUUUUUGGGGGGAGUAUGAAGUUUAAUGCAUUUCCAAAGAAAAGAGCAAGAACUGCAUUUAUGGAAAGUGUUGAAUGCAAUUGCCAGUCACAACAGGACCAUAUGGAAAUUACAGCCAACACAGUUUUUGAAAUGAUAGACUGAAGAAAGGUUUUGUGUAAAUGAGUUUCUUUUAAUAUUAUUUCAGAAGGUGGUGAAAGUGAGGAAAUGGCACUGUUAUUUUUGGUAAAAGUUAUGUUUAGAAUUAAUUGAUAAAACCUUUUAUUUUUGUCUAGAGUGAUACUUACAUUAUAAAAGUGUGCUGCUCUCUUUUUACACCAACACAAUUUGUCACAUUAUUAAAGGAACAUAUCAUUUUAUAAUAAUGCACACAGUAUCAGUGUGAGAAUUUUGUUGGUAUAUCCUACACUAAUAUUGAAGCGUAUUUAUUUUUAUCUUAUAUAAUGCCAUUACCUCCUUUUACCAACUGCUGCAAGAAAAUUUUCAUAAUGAAAUGAAUGCAUCUCAGAAUUGUACACAGUUCUGGCUUCAAGAUGACCCAGUGGCUCUUUCCUAUGUCUACAUGAAAUGUAGAAGAGACAUUGCAUUUUCAUGUUGCAACAUACCGUUUCUACUAUGAAUGUUAACUUAUCUAGUGUUUUACAGCCUUUACAAUUCAAGCACUGGGAAUAUAUGUAUAUAUUUUGUAAGCUGUUUGUGUAAAGGUUAUCAAGUUUUAAUGCUCACCAAAAAGGCCACUCACUGUGUUGUCAUAUAACAUGCUGUUUCUAUUCCUCUCAUGCCGCAAAUUGAUAUCCUAUUCGAUGUUUCAUUUUGUACAACUGCACUCAGAUUGAUGCAUUAUUUAAUUGUAUGGUGUAGUAGUCUACUGUUCUGAAGACGUCCAGAUGGGAUUUGCAUUCCAGAAGUUUUCUAGUAGGCAGUUCAUAUCUAAAAUUGGAUUACACAUUUUAUAUGUAAAAUGCUUAAUCACCCAUAAUGUAAGUGUGCAUGCAUUUUGUAAAUGAGAGGUUUUAGCACACCACUCUGAUGGAAAAGUCAGGUCAAAAAAUGCCCUUCAGUGCUAAAAAAACUAAAUUAAAUUAUAUUAAUUGAUCCAUUACCGCCAGCAGUUUUAAAGAUAUUCUGAAACUUAUUCUGCAAGCAUAUCUGGGAAGUUCACUUGUGGACCAUGUUUCUGAAAGCACAACAUUGUAUUAGUCUUUACUUCUUGUAUUUCACACAGGCUUAGAACUACUGAAAUGUGACAAAUUAAGAACACCAAUAGUUGAAAUUAUGAUCUAGCACCAUAGUAUGCAUAAAUAUACAUUUGAGUUUUCAGAGCUGAAGGUUUUUCUCACACUUUGAUAUGCUGAACCACAAAAGGGCAGCAGAGAUCUGAUAAAGAUAGCAGCACAGGGAAAGGUUAAUGGUUUAAGACCUCUCUCUCUCUCUCUCUCUCUGUGUGUGUGUGUGUGUGUGUGUGUGUGUGUGUGUGUGUGUGUGUGUGUGUGUGCGCGCGCGCACACAAGAAAGGGAACAGUCAGUAUGCCACUAGUGUCUAUUCUAGUGUGUCUGGUGCCACUUUGGUCCUGUUGACUGAUGAGUUGGAGUGAAUUAACCUUCCCAUGUCUUCUUCAUAUUCUAAAUAAGAAGCUUUUGGUUUCUGAAACUCACAAAUCAAGCACAUGCUUUGUUUCCUGUUGGCUGGAUCGCAAGUUCAGCUUCUGGUGAUUAAAAACUUCUUAAUCUGUCUGUAUUCAGUUUUGAACAAAAUUUUAUCACUUGUGUUUUCAUCAUUAUUAUUAUUAUUAUUAUUACUACUUUUAUAUUUUGAACUUUAGACUACUGUCAUAUGUUGUUACUGGGCAUUGAAAAUAAGAAAUAAAAAUGGCACCUGUAUAAAGCCUUAGAGUUAGAUAUUUUUAACAUUAUUUUGCUUGUUUAAUUACCAUAGUUCAAGACUCGGACAUUACAAACAUAGAGAUAUAUAUGUUUAUUACUAGUUUAUUUCAAAAUUAAUUUUUUUGGAACAUCACAUCACUGAUAAUGUGUGUUCUUUUUGAAAUAACAUUGUGAUCUGUAUGUAUAUUUGUAUGAAUGUGUCUGCGUAAAUACACAUGAUGAAUUACAGUAUGGCCAUACCAGUCAGUUUGCAUCUUUCAAAAAUCCUCGGCUAUGUUAUCUGGUUUACCUUAUGGAAAAGUGGGUAUGAAUAUUUCUGUCCCUAUUAUUAGACCUGUGCAAGAUAAAGACAUGAAAGCAUAACAGUACCCAUGUUAUGCAAAUUUGAAAUCUCACAAAAUCCUCCAAACUUUUAUUGUUUGAAAGAAUGUAUUUUCAGUGUCAAAUGUUUGCCUGGUGUGAUAUGAAUGAUGCAUUUAUAAUGUGAUUUGUGUUGAUUCCUAAUACCUGCUGUUAUACUGUAAUGGCGAUUUGGGUCCAUUACUCAGUCUGAGUUCGAGAUUAUCAUAAAUAACAAGCACAUUGUGCACUCUGUAAUGUAAAAUAAUUUGGUUUAGUGUAUGUUUUGAGAUGAAAGUGGCUGUCAGUUUUAGGAGUCACUUUCAGUUUAAAUAACUCUGGAUACUGCCUUCUUUUUACCAAUGAAAAAGUCUUCAGCAUUACAAAUUAAGGUUUUGAGCUCAUUACUUUUCAUAAAACUUUUUACUAUGAGAAAUGUGUUGCUUCUUUUAAAAAUAUUUCUUUUUUGUUUUGUUCUUGUUUUCCAAAUCGGACAAAAUAAGUUAAAAGUAGGAAAUUUUGUUCUGAAUACUGUUAUCAUUUAUAUGCUGUGAGUAACACAAAGAAAUGUACUAUACUGUAUAAAUAAUGUAUUUAUACUGUAUAAAUAAAUUUUGAUUUAAAUUA